CUCAAACUUCGUGAUUGAACUUCAACCCGUCAACUUAGGUUGUGAACGAACUGUAAAGUUUCGAUGCCGUUCAGGUGGCCACUUCUCUAUCAGCGUGCUAGCCGUGCGUACACCAACCAUGGCCGUAGAUCGUAUCUGGCUAUGCCAUUCACAGAGCCCUCAAGGGUUCUUCGUGGGUGCACCUGGUCUAACGGUAUGUCCUGUCUCAUUGUACUGCUAAUUCCAUGACCAAAUCCCUAAAUGAACUCAUACACUGGGUUGUGAUCCCCCGCUCCCUCAGCCGAUGGAAAGGCCUUCUCUCAGCUAUCCGCGAUUCUGACCUAGUGACAUUCAUGGAGCCCAGAGUCCUAUAUCGUCUGCAGGUAUGUUCCCCUUUUCCACUUCCCUGUAUACAUUCACAUUUAUUAAUUUUACCCACAACUGAACAAGUCCCAAUCGACGACUUUGCCCUCGCCUUCUCCCGCGCCGAGAUCCUCAUCCCAGGAUCUGGUCUGGCACUCCCAACAUGGGACGCCCCCGUCUACCACUGCGAAUCCACCUUCCGUCUCCUCGAUUCCCCACCACCCUCACUCGCACCACUCAUCCCCCCCUACGCAGCGCCAAGGUUGAACUUGUCGAUCUCCGAACGAUAUGGUCAUGGGUUGUAGAAGCAGUUGUAGAGAAUGUGCGCAGGACAGAGGCUCGCGAUCCUACACGAAGCAGGUGUGAUAGGUGGCGCUGGAGGAGAAAUUGCUGUUGAGGUUGAAGAGGGCUUUUCUAAGGUUGGAGGCGCCUGUGAGGAGGAUUACGGGGUGGGAUUAAGUGUCAUUUUUAUAUCCUUUAUCUGGUCUCUCCCCCUCCUCGGGUUAUGAUGA